CACACAAAGCCAAACAUUACUACACACAAACACACAGAGGUGGUAAGGAGGUUUGCCCCCUCCUCAUCAUGACAACUCAUGGAUGUUUGCUUGGUAUCUUCCUUCUCACAGUUAGAUUAUGAGAGUCUGUAGGUACCUGGAGGUUGAGCACAGAUGAGUUCCACAUAUAUUUUCAGUUUUACACCAUGUCAGCUGUGACCAAUCAGCCUCUUCCCUUUGACCGACUGGAGCGAGAGAAGCACAUUCAGAUGAUCUUCAGAGCUUUCCAGAACCGUUGUGGGCCUUCGCGUGAGUGCCACACUCACUCACCUGGACCCAAACCCCAUCAAACACCUCCUGACUGGGAAUCUAAUGAGCAGGUGUCAGCUCUGUCUCCUGGGAGGAAGAUGGAGAACAUGCUGCCACCGGGAAAAGUGAAGAGGCCAUUGGUGGAGGCGCAGCAGUGGGCUGGAGGUGCUGCAGGAUCACACUUUAUGUCUGUGCUGGAAACAGUCAGUCAGAUACAUAUCACUGCUAGACCAGAGCUUCAGGGUCCACAGUGUGUUCCCAGGAGGAUCUACAGCAUCACCACAGCAGGCAAGAGGUCACAGUUAUCUGUGGCUGUGGAAGAGAGUUCGUGUCUGUGCCUCCAGUGCUGUGGUCCAGCUCGGGCCUGUUACUUGCAGGGCUUUGACCAUCGGGGCCAUCUGGUCUUUUAUUUUGAAAGGCCCCUUAGGGUGGACGCCUGCUGCCUCGGCUGUUGCCUGAUGGAGAUGAGAGCCUAUACACCUCAAAAAAAUCUUAUUGGCACUGUAUACCAGAGGUGGAGCAUGUUCACCCCUCUCCUGGAGGUGUGCGAUGCAGAGGGAGCAUCUACCAUCAGAAUCCAGGGCUCCUGCUGUCCAUGCCGCUGCUUCUCCAACCAGCAAUUCCAGAUCGUCUCCAACAUUGGUGAGAAAAUGGGCACAAUAUGGAAGAAAUGGCCUGGCUUCAAUGAUGAACAUAACAUGGACCAUGAAUAUUUUGGGUUGGAGGUACCGAGGAGUAUGGAAUCACACACUAAACUGCUGCUCCUGGCAGCCACGUUCUUGUUGAAUCACAUGUUCUUUGAAAUGAGCUGAUUGCUGAAAAGUCGUGAGUCAACGGACAUCGUUGAAAGUGGUGGAAAACACCAGCCACAGGCACAUUAUGGACUGCAACAUGGAACUGUAUUAACAGUAAAGACUGGUGUGGCUUUAAAACCAUUUCAACAUGAAAUAAAGUGACACUGAACGAGCUUUAGCAGCAGAUGCAUAUUUGACAUUUAUUGCUAUAAUCCAUCAGGUGUACAUCCGACAGUGGUUCUUCACUUUUGACACACACCUGCACCCAUCAGCACACCACCAAACACGGGCAGCGUUGCAGUUUUUCACCAAACCACAGUUGCUUUCUUGAAAUGGUUUAAAAAAAAAAAAAAAAAAAAAAAA